AUGGGCGGCUGCUUCUCCAAGCCCAAGCCAGUGGAGCUCAAGAUUGAAGUGGUGCUGCCAGAGAAAGAAAGGGGCAAGGAGGAGCUGUCAGCUAGCGGAAAGGGCAGUCCCCGGGGUUACCAGGGCAAUGGCACAGCACGCCACUUCCAUGCUGAAGAGCGUCUGCCCACCCCACAACCAUAUCCCAGCCCUCAGGACUGUGUGGAGGCUACUGUCUGCCAUGUCAAGGACCUUGAGAAUGGCCAGAUGCGAGAAGUGGAGCUGGGCUGGGGAAAGGUGUUGUUGGUGAAGGACAAUGGGGAAUUCCAUGCCCUGGGCCAUAAGUGUCCUCACUAUGGAGCGCCCCUAGUGAAAGGUGUCCUGUCCCGGGGACGUGUGCGCUGCCCCUGGCAUGGUGCUUGCUUCAACAUUAGUACUGGGGACCUAGAGGACUUCCCAGGCCUGGACAGUCUGCAUAAGUUCCAGGUGAAGAUUGAGAAGGAGAAGGUGACCGUUCGGGCAAGCAAGCAGGCCCUGCAGCUGCAGCGGAGGACAAAGGUAAUGACCAAGUGUAUCUCUCCAAGUGCUGGCCACAGCGGUAGCACCAACGUGCUCAUAGUGGGUGCAGGUGCUGCUGGCCUAGUAUGUGCAGAGACACUGAGGCAAGAGGGCUUCUCAGACCGGAUUGUCCUUUGCACACUGGAUCGACAUCUGCCCUAUGACCGGGCCAAGCUCAGCAAGACCCUGGAUGCACAACCUGAACAGCUGGCCCUGAGACCCAAGGAAUUCUUCCGGGCCUAUGGCAUCGAGAUACUCACUGAAGCCCAGGUGGUCACAGUGGAUGUGAGAAAUAAGAAGGCUGUGUUCAAGGAUGGCUUCAAGCUAGAGUACAGCAAGCUGCUGCUGGCACCAGGAAGUAGCCCUAAGACCCUGACCUGCAAAGGGAAAGACGUAGAGAAUGUGUUCACCAUCCGCACACCUGAGGAUGCCAACCGCGUGCUGCGGCUGGCCCGGGGCCGCAAUGCUGUUGUUGUGGGAGCAGGCUUUCUGGGGAUGGAGGUUGCUGCUUAUCUGACUGAGAAGGCCCACUCAGUAUCUGUGGUAGAGCUGGAGGAGACACCCUUCCGGAGGUUCCUUGGGGAGCGUGUUGGUCGUGCCCUUAUGAAGAUGUUUGAAAACAACCGGGUGAAGUUCUAUAUGCAGACAGAGGUGUCAGAGCUGCGGGCUCGAGAGGGCAAGCUGCAGGAGGUGGUGCUGAAGAGCAGCAAAGUUCUGCGUGCAGAUGUCUGCGUGGUAGGCAUUGGUGCGGUGCCUGCCACAGGCUUCCUGAGGCAGAGUGGCAUUGGUCUGGAUUCCCGAGGUUUCAUCCCAGUCAACAAGAUGAUGCAGACCAACAUCCCAGGAGUGUUUGCUGCAGGUGAUGCUGUCACCUUUCCUCUUGCCUGGAGGAACAAUCGGAAAGUGAACAUCCCACACUGGCAGAUGGCUCAUGCCCAGGGGCGGGUUGCAGCUCAAAACAUGCUGGCACAGGAGGCGGAGAUCAACACGGUACCGUAUCUGUGGACUGCCAUGUUCGGCAAGAGCCUGCGCUAUGCUGGCUAUGGAGAAGGCUUUGAUGAUGUCAUCGUUCAGGGGGAUCUGGAGGAGCUGAAGUUUGUGGCUUUUUAUACCAAAGGUGAUGAAGUGAUUGCUGUGGCCAGCAUGAACUACGACCCCAUCGUAUCCAAGGUGGCUGAGGUGCUGGCCUCAGGUCGAGCCAUCCGGAAGCGGGAGGUGGAGUUGUUUAUGCUACACAGCAAAACCGGUGACAUGUCUUGGCUCACAGGGAAAGGAUCCUGA